CUUCUCCUUGUUCUGCUAGCGGAACAUGAACAUAGGUCGUCAGAGGAGAGUUGACAUUUUGUUAGCUUCCUAGCUAAAUAAACUGUUAGGGCGACUCGGUUGUAAUCAAAGUUGCUCUCAGUGGGCUGAAAGUCUCCGGCUGUAAUCAUGUGGUAUGAAAUCCUGCCCGGUUUGGCGGCCAUGACCAUAUGUUUGAUCAUUCCCGGCAUCGCCACCACAUAUGUACACAGGUUCACAAACGGAGGAAAGGAAAAGAGAAUCGCUCGGCAGCCCUGGCAGUGGUAUCUGCUGGAGAGAGACAAGCGGGUGUCGGGAACUGGAGACUACUUUGACUCCAAGGGGCUCGAGAACAUCAACUGAUGAUGACGGAUAUAAGGACCCUGAUGAGAGAGAAGAACGUUGUACAAUAAAAGAUUAUAUUUAACAUCCAGCUGUUUGUUUUUUCAGUCUUUUAAGGCAAUCGUCCCUGUUAUUAAUUAAACUGUUCCACACUGAAAAUCUU